GGUGGUGGCAUUGCAGAGAAUGGGCCAAGAACUAUGUCUUGCAUCGGGUGCUUUUUGUUUUUGACAUGCAUGCAUGCUUGCAUGCUGGGAAGAUUUCGCGCCCCGAGCCUCACUCGGCUGUUGGGAGAUAUCUGGUGUACCCCUCGCCCCCCUUUCCCCCCCUUUUUCCCUUUUCUCACAUGCCGACAGAGCUCAGAGAAAGGUAUGUGAGAACGAGGACCGAUGCCCAGAUUGUCUGACUCUGUCCCGUUGUUAUCCCUUGACGAUGCCAAGUUUUUGGGCCCGGGUACGAAGCUGAUACAGAGAGACCGGCCGGGCGGGGGACAUUGUUCGGCCACCAUGUGCGCCUUUUUGCCACGUUUGUUCCACCUCAUCCAUCAUUGUUUCCAUUCUCCGGACUUGUCGAAAACAGCAGCGCCGUGUGUAACUAAAAACUUGAUGAUGUCCGCGGAGCAUCUUAUACACUGUCCCAACCGUCCCGUGACUCGGCGUAGCAGGGGGAUUUCCCGAGCAUUAUUAUCACCACCACCACCAAUCGCCAAUGUGGUUCCUUCUCUCGAUUUUUGUUCAUUUUUUUUACUGUCAUAUAAAUACAAAUGUCGUUUGCAGUUCCUCAAUACUCCUGCUGCAAAAAUGAGAAAACGUAGACAGGCAUCUGGCCAAUCUCCUUAUUUGGAGCCCGGCAAAAACCCAAGUUGCAUUCUCGACGACGCGCCCUUCCCCCCUUCGUUCCGAUAUCUCUCGUAGCAUCUCGGCUUGUUGUUAGUAGUACGGUAGAGGGUCCAGGUCGAGACCUUGGACGGAGAACUUGAACGAGUCGUUCCUGUUUUGUUUUUUCCCCGGGGGAUGUCAAG